GGGGCAGCGCCGGGCGCCCCGGGGAGCGGUGCCGGUGCCCGGGGAGCGGUGCCGGUACCGGUACCGGUGCCCCCGCCAUGCCCAAGCUGCUGCCGGCGCAGGAGGCGGCUCGGAUCUACCACACGAACUACGUGAGGAACGCGCGGGCCAUGGGGGUGCUCUGGGCCCUCUUCACCCUCUGCUUCUCCAUCUUGAUGGUGGUGACCUUCAUCCAACCGUACUGGAUCGGCGACAGCAUCGACACGCCGCAGGCCGGCUACUUCGGCCUCUUCUCCUACUGCAUCGGCAACGCGCUCACCGGCGAGCUCAUCUGCAAAGGCAGCCCCCUCGAUUUCGGCACCAUCCCCUCCAGCGCCUUCAAAACCGCCAUGUUCUUCGUAGGCAUCUCCACCUUCCUCAUCAUCGGCUCCAUCCUCUGCUUCAGCCUCUUCUUCUUCUGCAACGCAGCCACCGUCUAUAAAGUCUGCGCCUGGAUGCAGCUGGCGGCAGCUACGGGGCUGAUGAUCGGCUGCCUGAUCUACCCCGACGGCUGGGACUCGAGCGAGGUGAAGCGCAUGUGCGGGGACAAGACGGACAAGUACACGCUGGGCGCCUGCACCGUGCGCUGGGCAUACAUCCUCUGCAUCAUCGGCAUCCUCGACGCUCUCAUACUCUCCUUCCUGGCCUUUGUGUUGGGGAACCGGCAGGACAACCUCCUCCCGUCCGAUUUUAAAGUGGAAAAUAAAGAAGAGGGCAAUGACUGACAGAGCUGAUCACCACGGACACCUAGAGCUCUUCUUCCAUCAGCCCUUUUCUUUAAAGUGACUCUUCCAAGAGCUUUAAACUUACAAACUUCUGUGUAUUUUCUACAACAGUUCUUUUCACCAAAGGGACCGCUAUCUGCUC